CAUAGACUCUCUCCGGUGAGCUCGCUAUGGAGAGAGGGGCUGUGCUUCUCGGCCGUCGUCUGGGCUUCUUUGCGGUGACAGUUCUCCUUUUAAAGGUUAUAUUCUUUGUAUUUUCUGCAAAAGCUCAGGUGUCCCUCUCACAAUCCAAUGCAGCAUCUGGUGAUAUGCAUAGAGAGGGUUAUUGUUCUAUGUAUGGUAUUUGUGCACAACGCAGUGAUGGGAAGGAUUUGAAUUGUGCUCAAGGCAGCCUUGCUACUAAGCCAGAUGGUUUGCUCUCUUCUAGGAUCCAGAGUUUAUGCCCUACAAUCACGAGCAAUGUCUGCUGCAAUGCAGCUCAGUUUGAGACAUUGCAUGAUCAAGUUCAGCAAGCAGUCCCUUUACUUGUAGGGUGUCCAGCAUGCUUGAGGAACUUUCUAAAUUUUUUCUGCGAACUCUCCUGCUCUCCAAAUCAGAGUUUAUUUAUAAACGUGACUUCGGCUACGCAGGUAAAUAAUACCAUGACUGUUAAUGGAAUUGAUUAUUUCAUCACAAAUACCUAUGGGGAAGAGUUUUAUGACUCUUGCAAAGAUGUAAAAUUUGGUAGCAUGAAUACUCGAGUAAUGGAUUUUAUUGGCGCAGGUGCUGAAAAUUAUGAAGAUUUUUUAUCCUUUCUUGGGAGGCAAGCAGCUCUAAAUUCACCAGGAUCACCAUACAAAAUUGACUUUAAAACCAAUGCUCCUUUAUCAUCUGGGAUGAAGCCCCUUAACUCAACUAUUUAUUCUUGCGGUGAUUCCUUAUUGGGCUGUUCAUGUGGUGAUUGUUCUUCUUCAUCUACAUGCUCUGAUUCUGCACCUCCAGCUUUACUUGAGAAAAGUUCAUGCAAAAUUUCAAUGGGUUCUGUAAGGGUGAAAUGUAUAGAUUUCUCUCUAGCCGUUCUGUACAUCACAACAAGUUCUGCAUUGUUGCUUUGGACAUUCUUGCUUAGGAAAGGCGAAAGAGGUCCUCUUUCCAAACCAAAGCCUUUGUUUAACGGCAAUGGUGAAAAUGAGCUUCUUUCUGGUUACAAGCAGCAAGACACUAACCCACCCAUGCAUAUGUCAAAAGGUCCUCUUUUGUGGAAAGAUUUUCAACCUUCCGUUAUUCAGGAUUUUUUUGCCAGAAUUUUCAGGAAAUAUGGAGAAUUUGUUUCCAGAAAGCCAACUCUUGUCCUGUCUUUAUCUUUAGUUGUUCCGAUUCUUCUUUGUAUGGGGCUUGUCCGUUUUAGAGUGGAGACAAAGCCUGAGAAGCUUUGGGUGAGCCAUGGUAGUAAGGCUGCAGAGGAUAAACACUUUUUCGACUUUCAUCUUGCACCUUUUUACAGAAUAGAACAGCUUUUAUUAGCUACUCUUCCUCUUUCUAAAAAUGCCAUGGCACCCAGCAUUGUAACUGAUCAAAACCUGAAAUUACUCUUUGAAUUGCAAAAGAAGGUUGAUACAUUGCAUGCAAAUUAUUCUGGAAGUAAGGUGUUUCUUGGUGAUAUUUGCAUGAAACCUCUAGAUGACAACUGCGCCACGCAAAGUGUCCUUCAGUAUUUCAAAAUGGAUCAAAAGAGAUAUGAUGAUUAUGGUGGUGUACAACAUGCUGUAUAUUGUUUUGAGCAUUAUUCUUCAGAAGAAACUUGCAGAAGUUCUUUCCAUGCACCGCUUGAUCCAGGCACAGUGUUAGGAGGAUUUUCCGGAAGCAACUAUUCUGAUGCAUCAGCUUUCAUUAUUACAUAUCCUGUCAACAAUGAGGUUGGUGAUGCAGGCAAUGAAAAUGGGAAGGCUGUGGCUUGGGAGAGGGCUUUCAUUCAGUUAGUCAAGGAAGAGCUGGUGCCUAUGGUACAAACACAAAAUCUCACGCUUUCUUUUUCAUCUGAAAGCUCUGUCCAAGAUGAGCUAGAAAGAGAAAGUUCUGCUGAUGUGGUAACCAUAUUGAUCAGUUAUCUUGUAAUGUUUGCUUACAUAUCAUUUGCGCUGGGGGAUUCUCCGCAGUGGCCUUCCUUUUUAGUUACAUCUAAGGUAUUGCUUGGUCUGUCAGGAGUUUUGGUUGUUAUGCUCUCAGUUCUGGGAUCAAUUGGAUUCUACAGUGCUAUUGGAGUGAAGUCUACCCUAAUAAUAAUGGAAGUCAUUCCAUUUCUUGUGUUAGCAGUUGGAGUGGAUAAUAUGUGUAUUCUUGUGCAUGCUGUCAAGCGCCAAGCAACUGAUAUGUCCUUAGAUAGGAAAAUAAGCAAUGCACUUGUGGAAGUUGGGCCCUCUAUAACCCUGGCCAGUUUGUCCGAAGUUAUUGCCUUUGCUGUUGGAAGUUUUAUUCCAAUGCCUGCUGUUCGUGUCUUCUCUAUGUUUGCUGCGUUGGCUAUUUUUCUGAACUUUAUUUUGCAAGUUACAGCUUUUGUUGCGCUUAUCAUAUUUGACAUUUUGAGGACUGAUGAUAAUAAAAUUGACUGUUUUCCAUGCGUUAAACUUCCAUCAUCCGUUGGAUCUGAAAGAG